AUAAGACAUUGUUUCCCAACAUGAAGUUUAGUUAUUCUAUCACAGGCGUUUGAAGUGAUCGUUUUUUUUUUAAAUCCAUAUUCCCGUUCAAAAGUGACCCAUUUUCAACAAUGGAUGGAACACUUGCUGUUUUUUUGGCAAUCGCAUUUGUAUUUUGGUUCUACGAAAAUGUGUUGAAGACGCGUAUUGAGGUCUGUUUUGUUACUAUGGACAAUACCACUUGUUCCAAUUUGAAUAACGCACGGAAUCACGGCACUAGAUGUGAAAGCAAAUAUUGUCCGGAAAAAUUGAUGUCGAAAAUUGCCAAAGUGAUUGACUUGGCUCAACAUUCGAUUGAUAUUGCAAUGUACAAUUUAACGAAUCACAAAAUCGUUGGAAGCAUUUUGGGAGCACGGAAACGUAAUAUCGAUGUACGCUUGAUAAUGGAUCGGUCUGCAUUGGAAGGAUUAGACAACCACACGGCCUUCAUAAGUCUAAAGACAGCUGGAGUUCAUAUUAAAAUUGCCGGCGAAGAGAAGAAACUAAUGCACCAUAAAUUUUGCCUAAUUGAUACAAAUCGUUGGAUUAACGUUGGAAUGAUCAUAAGCGGAUCUUUGAAUUGGACAUAUGGCGGAUUCAAUCAAAACUGCGAAAAUGUAACUUUUAUUGAAAAUCGGUUCACUCAAAAUGAAUACAAUGAAACCUUCAAUCAUAUUUGGAGUAAAAUUGCAAAGCCAAUCUAACAAUUGACCCAAUCAAACAACAAUGUACAGA